AUGGCGGUAAAUUCAAGGAGAGAUUCGAAGAGAAGUGAAUUUCCUUUACCUCAAUUUGAGGAAACUUUUCCAAUUGUGUUCCAGUGUAAAAAUUGUAAUAAUAUACUCGGCGAUUCUUGCGCAUGGGUUUCUUCUGACCGAGAUCUUGAGAUGAUCUGCAUAAACAAAGUAACACCAUUUAUAUGUUCAGGGGAAUGCUUGGAGACUUCGACCACAGAAAGUGAUAUAGGCAGCACAUUUAUCCCUUUACACUGUAAGUCCUGCAGUUCACCUAUUGGUCGCAUCUACCAGACCACUCCAAAAGAACUGGACCAUUUACGGAAUCUUUAUUGCUUGGAUAUGGAGUAUACUAGAAGCUAUCAGGUUGGUUCUGUGGAUGGGAUGCAGACUUUACCGGCAGAAGAAGUUCUUGACCUACCAACAGCUAAAGGGCUUCAGCAAGGAAUUCACAAGAUCGAAAGUGUCCUGCUCAUGUUGGAAGAGAGGUUGACAUUACUGGAAAAUGAAGUUCGUAGCAACAAGGUAAAUAUGGAGGAUAACGAGACAAAUUUCACCCCGAAAGGUUACAACGGUGUAAGAGAAACACAUAAGGAGAACCAGACUAAGAAAGCGAACAGAAAGAGAAGAAAGUAAACUGCAUACAAUCUAUAGCUGGCUCGAGUAUGUGUGACUACCUUAGUUAGGUUAGAUUUUAACAAAAUUCAUAUAUGCUCUUUACCAGCUGACCUUGUUACUACUCAAACUGUAACUGUUCAUAUAUUAAUUAUGUCGAUCUCGGUUUUCUCUGUUCACCUUUAUUAGAGUAAUGUAAGUGUUAGUUCUAAUGCAGCAUGCACUCACCUAUGAGGAAAAAAUAUCAAGCUAAUGCAUCAAAAAAAUU